GGCUCUCCGUAGUGAAGAGACCGUUGGUGUUUUCCGGUGCGAUGGCGGGUGCGAAGAUUGACUUGUCCGGGGGUGCCUCAGCCCCACCACCCACGGUGGGAUACGGCGGUGGCACCGGUAGCGGUGGCUACAGCUAUGGAGGAGGCGUUUCUCAGCAGAUGGCCGAGGCAGCACUGCAGGACCCUACAGUUCAGCAGCAGAUCAAGGAAGUGGCCUACCAAAAGGCCUCGGAAGGCUUCGAAGUCGCCAAGGUUGCUGGUGCCAUGGCGGCCGAGGAGUUGGGGAAAUACAUCCAGGAAGGCCCUGCGGGCAUCUCGGUGCUUUGCUUCCUAGGCGGCCUUGCGACGACCCUCAUCGGCUUUUUGGGUUUGCUGAAUUUUGGCAACGGCCUGACAUCUCCCUUUCAGUAUGUUUUGAAUGCCUACCUUUUGACUUUUGGAGUUGUCACCUUCCUUUUGGAGGCAGAUGUCGAGAGCCUUCGACAGAUGAAAGUCUUGGGCCGCUUAUCUCCCUGGGUGGAGCGAUAUCAGCUGGAAGUCUUCAACCGAGCGAACUUUCUCACAGAGCUCAGGGGUCGAGGCUUCUUCUAUGUGUUCAUUGGAACACUUGCAGUGACACAGUGUUUUCUGUGUUUGACCUUCAUCGCGGGGCUGUGGAACUUGCUGAUGGGCGUGCUUUGUUUGUUGAUGAGCUUUGGCAUCAACCCUGCAAACCAUCUACAAGCGCCCCUAGCGCAAGGCGCGCACGCGCCCGGCCCUUGAUGCUGGGCUGCUGGGCCAAGAUGACCCGAAUCAUCGUUGAUGGCCAGUUAAAAGAAGCUGGCAUGGGGCUACAUGAGGAAAUGAACAAUUUCUUGACUUCGAGUUUUUUUUGUUUUUUUGGUUGAUUUAGU